CACGCCGGUGACGCUUACAUUCCCUGCUCCAGCCCUCAGCCAUAUUGAAACUACUCUUUCCUACUUUGGUGGCCCGGGAAGGAAGCCGAGGGAGUCUCUACGGACGCCUUUUAAUUCGGAGUUUAACGUAUAUAUUCUGCGCAAGAAAAAAGUUACCGGUGGUUGUUGCUUCGCUUUGACGACUGUUGGUCGGUUGCGUUGAGGCGUUUGAAAGAUGGUGGACCGCUUGGCGAACAGUGAAGCCAACUCCAAACGCAUAGCAGUUGUGGAAGCCUGUUUCGGGACAGCAGGCCAGCCGCUGGUCAUCCCGGGUCGAGUGCUCAUUGGCGAGGGCGUCCUCACGAAACUGUGCCGCAAAAAGCCCAAAGCCCGGCAGUUCUUCCUCUUCAAUGACAUCCUGGUGUACGGCAACAUCGUCAUCCAGAAGAAGAAAUACAACAAGCAGCACAUCAUCCCUCUGGAGAGCGUCACUAUAGACACUGUAGACGACGAGGGCGAGCUGCGGAACGGCUGGCUCAUUAAAACGCCCACCAAAUCAUUCGCCGUCUACGCCGCCACGGCAACGGAGAAGUCGGAAUGGAUGAGCCACAUCAGUAAAUGUGUCUCGGACCUGCUGGAGAAGAGCGGGAAAUCUCCCACCGGGGAGCACGCCGCGGUCUGGGUGCCCGACUCCGAGGCGACCAUAUGCAUGCGCUGCCAAAAGGUGAAGUUCACCCCCGUCAGCAGACGGCACCACUGCAGGAAAUGUGGCUUUGUCGUGUGCGGCCCCUGUUCAGAAAAGAAGUUCCUGCUGCCCAGUCAGUCGUCCAAACCGGUUCGAGUCUGCGAGUUCUGUUACAAACAGCUCUCCACGGGCGCCACCCUGCCCCCCCGCUCGGACUCCUAUAGUCGGUCCGGUUCAGAGUUCUCCUCUAAUAACCUCUCUGAUGAUGAAGAUGAGGAUGACAGCAGUGACUGAGAUUUACUUUCAGGAAUAUAGACAAUCCAUGAAUUACGUCCCGUUAUUUUAGUCUCUACGUUUCUUUCAGGGUUUAAAUUUGCAUUACAACUAUUUUAUUCUUGUGGCAACACUCUUUAGGCAACACAACUUACUCUAAAGAAUUAAAGACCCUGUGAAAAAGAACAAAUGUUUGAUGGGAGUUCCUGCGUGUUUUCUGAACACUAUUUGCACUACUUGCAUACUCACAAGUAGUUUUUUACUGUCACGUCUCAAUGGCGCCUCUCAUUCUUAAUAAUUUAACAUCUUAUAUAUACAUUUUUUCUAUAGAUUUAUUCCUUUCAACCUUCUUUCCUCUUUACUUAAAUUCUCUUUUUGCUGUCACAACUGUUUUUGCUGUUUUUUCCUGCUACUUUGCUGCUACAGUAUCUGCUAAAGAGGGGAAUGUUGGGUAAUCUGAUUGUAGGCUAUUCACAGGAAUCCUCUCCCUGCUAAAACCCUCAGGCGAAGCCACGUAGAUUCUCAACCGAUUCAGUUGUUGUACACUGAAUACAGCGUAGUUUUUCAACAGGUUAAAUUGUUUUAAACAAGGAGCUGCAUUUAAUGAAUAACUACCCACUAGCAAACCAUGCAAGUAUGUUUAAGAGAGAAGUUUUCAGAUUAAAUUCUUGGUUGACUGUCUAGUAAUUGCAGGUGACAAAUCAGAUGGAAGCUUUUUUUUUAAAGCUUGCACGUGUAUAUAGUGCUGUGGGGUAGGAAGUCUAUUGGAGAAUUCACCUGACAAGGCUGUUGCCGCCUCAGUGCCUUUUUAAUGAUUUAUUCUCAGGAAGUAUAUCCUGGUAAAGAAACUUUCGAGGCUACAGUUUAUAACAUUUUGUGGACUGAUGUUUUACAACACUCGCCAUCAUUCGAUGGCGCAAUCACAGUAUGGAGUUAGCCUGCUUCACAGUGCAUCAGUCCAAAAUGUUAGCUCAGUAAUCGGACAGCCCAGUUUUGUAGGUUUCCGGGUUGUCACCGAAGAUCUUGCGAUGCAUUGCUUCACGACAGCGUUCGGCCGUGACAAACUGAAAUGCAUGUUAGCAUACAGCCCAAAGGAACUGCGGCGAAAGAAUACCCAUCCGUUUUCCUCACCGUCUCAUUUGAGUCUUUGUGUUAGCGAGGUCACGUGCCGGGGCAUGGCGGUCAGUGCUACACAUUUUGAAUGGGAAUUGAAAGCAUUAUAAGGAAGUGACUGACAUACAGCCUCCUUUUGUUUUUACUGGCUGUUUCACAUGCACUAACCACUGUCCAGAGUGACAUUUGUUAAAAGACUGCUCGGAGACAUAACCAAAUUUAUUCUUUCCAGGUUUACUGUUUGUAUUUUUCACAAGAGAAGCUGGUGGAUAAAACCCAGCGAUAUUGCUCGAGACCCUUGUGUCUCAGAACUGAAUACUUGAUCACAUGUGAAGAUGUCAGAUUAACAAAACUAACGUUGUAACGGGAUAUUUAAUAAAACUAGACUCGGAGUUCUGACAGCAAUCCUUAUCAUAUGCAAUAACAGAUACACUGAGUAUUUUUUGCCUUUUGUAGAUUGCGAGACCUCUGUGGGAUUUAGCAAUAGAUUUACAGUGAUUGAUCUUAUCUUGCUUUUGGAAUCUAACAGUAGAUUUGCAGGUUAGUUAUGGAACAAUUAAUUGUUUUCAUCUUUCCAAAUGUAACCUGAUGGUAUUCUGAGAUAAUUUCUUUGGUUUAAUUAUGUUUUAAUAUUCUGAGAUUGUUUUAAUGUUACUUAUAUUGUAAACUUUGUACAGUUUUUAUAUAUUUCUUCUUAUUUGGGCCUGCAGCUGUUUUUUGUUUCAUAAUUUUUCCGUGUGGUUCAUGUGUGUUUCCUGAACACUGGAUCAGUUACCAGCACUUUACCAUCUCUGCAAACCACAAGAGAGGGGCGGGGCGGGGCCUGAGUAGAAUGUGGGCGGGGAAUAUUACAUGUCUUCACACAUAGAAUCUGGCUGCAAUGAUGAGUGAAUAGAUAGUUCUUUUAUUCCCUUAUUCAGUUUGCCAUUAUGGCGUAAUGGUUUAUAUAUAAAGUAAAGAGACAGAAUCGGCGUUUACUUCUUAUUUGACUUUUUGAAGUUUUGAAGAUUUUUCAAGUUUCAUGUAAUUUAUGAUUCCCUCAUUUUUUUAAAUCGAUUUUUCUAUUUUCUUGUCCAUGUUGUCAUUUUAAUUCUCCUUUAAUAUUUUGAAAGGGCUAAGAACUGAAUGUAAUCCGUCAUAUCAUUAAUAGAUACUAAUUUUAUGGAAAAUAUAUGCAUUGCUUAAACUCUUGUGUCUUGUCUUCUGUAAUAUCAAAUCUUGCACUGGAAGAUCCAGUAGUUGUGCGAUGGGGAAAGUAUUAAUAUUACCAGAUGUUACACUUCUCGGAUCAGGACCAAACCAAACGCUUAAACGCUUGAGUAUAUCCUCUCACAGCGUGAUCGCUAAUCUGUUAUUUACAUCUCAGUCUAUUUGGGUAAAUCCCCACAACGUGAUGUUACACUCAGAAAUUCUGGGUCUUUGUUACCAAACUGUGGACUGAAAUAACCUUAGCAUAGGGUCAUUUUUAACCCAAAGUCUAUAUUUUACCCAACCAUGGGUUAAAAAGAACCCUGAGUUUUUCCAGAUAGUGAAUGUAGUAUUAUAGUUAGGGAAUUUCUUCAUUAAACUAAUUUUUUUCUGUGAUUACUGGUCCGGCAUGGUUGUGGGGUUAAAUUGUUGGCGGAGAGAUAUUUAAAUCUUUGGCCUAAAACUUUUGGCUUUAAUAUCACAGUGUCAUCUGCCCUAAAACCGAACUCUUAAUAGAAUAAUCAUUUUUAGAGUAGUUAGACACUUACUAUUUGAUGUCUGUCUCUUUGAACAAAGAUCAAGCCUGAAAACACGCAUAUCCAUCUAGACGAUAGCAAAGCAUUGAAAUAAACCUUUGCAUAAUCCCUUGUCUGUACUGACUGCUUUGGUCAUGUGUCGCUAAAUACCUGUCAAAUGUGACUUGACAUUUAGAGGUGCGAGGCCCCUAAUCUUUAAAACAUUCUCAAGUGUGGAAAUGUUACAUUACCCUGUCAACCAUACCGCAAAGAAUAUAAAAUACAUACAUAUAAAAUUCUGUCAACAUUUACUCACCCUCUUGUCAUUUCAAACCUGAAUGACUUUCGCUGUAUGCAGAACACAAAAUAAGACAAUUUUGAUGAAUGUUUGGAUGAGAACAACGGCAGUACCCAUUCACUUGCAUUGGUUUUGAGUCUAUUCAAUAGAAAUGAAUGGGUACCACCAUUGUUUGGUUACCAACAUCCUUCAAAAUCUCUUUUGUGUUCUGCUGAAGAAAGUCAUACAGGUUUGAAAUGACAGGAGGGUGAGUAAAUAAUGACAGAAUUUUCAAUUUUUUAUGAGGAGCCAUUAGGUCUUAAUUAUUGAAAUGACUCUUAUACAAACACUAGUGAAAUAAAAACAUUGAUCAAACAUUGGCCUUUAUAAUUCGGCCUCCAAUUGUAAAAUUAGACAACCAUAUUGUGAUCUUAACGAACUCUUAAAACUUCAUUUUGCAACACAACAACAGAUGUAUUUCAAAGGUUUGCCUAAGUGAAAUAAGCUCUCAUCAACUACACUGAAAUCUUUCAUCAACUAUACCUGAAAUAUGUUGCCUCAGUAGUGCACUAGUGUUUAUAAGAGGCUGUUUAGCAUGCAUAUGAAUG